CGCGACGCGGGUGUCAUGGCGACUCCCAGGCUUAGUUCAGUCCGCAGCCCAAGGCCGUUCGGUUUGGCCGGCCUGUUCCGUCGCCGGCCGCCUCGGGACGUGUGGGACCAUGUGCGGCGGCUCCCGGGGCCCUCGGCGGUUCGGCGCAGCGUGGCGGCGGCCAGCGGACCCGGCAUCCCGGGUUCCGACCACUACUGCCUGGAGCUGCUGAGGAAGCGGGAUUAUGAAAGUUACUUGUGUUCCCUGCUGUUCCCUGCAGAAUGCCGAAGUUCUGUGUCUGCACUCAGGGCCUUCAACGUGGAGCUGGCUCAGGUUAAGGACUCGGUCUCUGAGAAAGCAAUUGGACUGAUGCGGAUGCAGUUCUGGAGAAAAGCUGUGGAGGACAUAUACCGUGACAACCCGCCACACCAGCCUGUGGCCGCGGAACUAUGGAAGGCUGUCAAGAGACAUAAUCUAACUAAAAGAUGGCUUAUGAGAAUCAUUGAUGAAAGAGAAAAAAAUCUGGAUGACAGAGCGUAUCGCAGUAUCCAGGAGCUUGAGAAUUAUGCCGAGAACACGCAGAGCUCUCUUCUUUACCUGACACUGGAGGUGCUGGGUGUGAAGGAUCUUCAUGCAGACCAUGCUGCAAGCCAUAUUGGAAAGGCGCAAGGCAUUGUCACGUGCUUGAGAGCAACACCCUAUCAUGGUAGCCGGAGAAAAGUGUUCCUGCCCAUGGAUGUCUGUGUGCAGCAUGGUGUUUCUCAAGAGGACUUUCUGCGAAGGAACCAUGAUAAAAAUGUGAGGGAUGUCAUAUAUGACAUUGCCAGCCAGGCACACUUGCACCUGAAGCAUACUGUUUCAGAAGCUUUCCAACCAGCGUCAGUGUUUUCCUCUUCCUUCAAGGCGAGGUCCUUCCACAGAAGCGUUCCUGCGGAGGCCUUUCCCGCCUUUCUCCAGACGGUUACUCUAGAGGACUAUUUAAAGAAAAUCCAGCGAGUAGAUUUUGAUAUAUUCCAUCCAUCUUUACAGCAAAAGAACACAUUACUUCCGUUAUCUUUGUAUAUUCAAUCAUGGAGAAAAAGAUAUUAA